AUGCUAGCCUCACUGUCAAUGGUUCUCAUCCUGCUUGUACUCUUCCUCUUGCACAGCCUCUACACUUACCUCCGCUGCCCUCUCCGUCGCAUCCCGUCCGCACACCCAACAGCACCUUUCACACGUCUUUGGAUCCUUAGCCGAACACUCACGGGCCGGCGCAACCGCUCUAUUCACGCUGCGCAUGUUAAGCACGGACCAGUCGUACGCCUUGGGCCUACCGAGAUCUCAAUUAACGACCCACCUCUUGUCAAGUCCGUCUAUGCCCGCCUUGACAAGUCGCCGUGGUACUACGUCUUCACAAACUACGGAUCCAAGCCGCUGUUCUCGCUCAUCCAUGGCCGCGAGCACUCACAGAGGAAGAGGUUGAUCGCAAAUAUAUACUCCAACAGCACGAUCUCCUCUUCCCCGACCCUUCUAGCGAACACGCGCAGAAUUCUCGAGGAGCGAAUGACUCCACUCCUUGAUACCCGAGAGGUUCAUGAUGUGCACGAGCUGUACAAUGCCCUCACCUUGGACCUUAUAACGUCGUACCUCUUCACACAACGACACGGGACUGACUUUGUCCGCGAUGAAGCUGCACGCAAGAGGUUCCUAGUAGAUCUGUAUCAGAUUCGGCGCCCUUAUUUUUCAUGGGCGAGUGAGCUCCCGGGGUUGGUGAGGUGGGUGGAAAGGCUUACGGCCGGAAAGAUGAAGAUUAUACCGAGCUGGGUUGAUGAUGCGAAUGAUCAGAUCGAGGAGUGGUGUCUACAGAUGUGCGACGCCGCUGAAGCAGACAUGCCGACCGAGAAGGGAGCGGACGACGAUUGUGUUUACUACCGGCUCCGCCGCAAUAGUGCACUUGGCAGAACCGAUGCUGCAAGUGAAAUCCUCGACCAUAUUGGUGCCGGCCACGAGACCACGGCUACAGCGUUGACUUACGCCACGUACAAUCUCUCUGUCUCGCCAGAACGACAGGCACGGCUUCAUGAUGAACUCAAGAUGGCAGAGAAUCUGUGGCGGUUUAAGGAUGUUGAUGCGCUGCCAUUCCUCAAUUCUGUUGUCUUGGAGACAUUGCGGCUUAACUCGCCGAUUCCGGGGUCACAGCCAAGAGUGACGACGGAUGGUGGCUGUAUGGUGGGCGAGUAUUGUGUUCCAGGCGGUGUGACGGUAGGAGGACAGGCGUAUAGUUUGCAUAGGGCGUUUUGGGCGGAUGCGGAAGUGUGGAGGCCAGAGAGGUGGCUGAACAAUGAAGAAGAGGGGAAAGAGGGGGAGAGGUGGUUGUGGAUGUUUGGCAGCGGGGGGAGGGGGUGUGUGGGGAAGUGGUUGGCAGUUUAUGAAAUGAAAAUGACACUGGCAUGUAUUUAUGCCAAUUAUGAGACGAGGAUAGUGGAUGAUGAAGGUAUCGAGAUGGAUGAUAGGUAUGGUUUCGCCCCCUCUCUCCCAAGCACCCUCUUUUCUGCCUGUUAG